GUUUCAGUGGCCGCCGGUUAGCUAGGAAAAGGACAGUCGGAGGUAGAAAGAGGAGGCAUAGAAGACAACUGCGUGCCUGUGUGGAUUUUUUUUUUUUUUUACCGCUGCCAGGAAGCCGCUGGGCACGCGCCUGCUCGGGACGGGGGAUUAUAGAUGAGCUUGACUUUAAGAUGAGGAGCGAGCCCAUUCUUUUCACUUCCAGCAGGGCAAUGGAGGAGCUGGUGUGUGAGCUUCGUCUGUUUCUGGACCUGCUGGACAGAGAAUAUCUGAGUGCUGGGGUCCGAGAGAAGAAGAUACACCUCUCCAAUAUUCUGCACAGAGUCCUGUCCGACAAAGAGCCUUCAUUCAAGUCAGAGAUACACAGCGGACUGCCUGCUCCACCUCAGAUGCCACUUCCAGAGAUCCCUCACCCCUGGAUGACUCCAAAUAACGGGCCCCCUCCCCUGCCCAGCUCAUCUCUUCCAGAAGGCUACUAUGAGGAAGCGGUUCCUUUAGGUCCUGGAAAGGCUCCAGAAUACAUCACCUCCAACUAUGACUCGGAUGCCAUGAGCAGUUCCUAUGAGUCGUACGAUGAGGAAGAGGAGGAUGGGAAGAGCCAGAAGAUGCGUCACCAGUGGCCCUCUGAGGAAGCGUCCAUGGACCUCGUGAAGGAUGCCCGUAUUUGUGCAUUCCUGCUGCGCAAGAAACGCUUCGGCCAGUGGACCAAACUCCUCUGUGUCAUCAAAGACAACAAACUGCUGUGUUACAAAUCCUCCAAAGACCACACUCCCCAAAUGGAGCUGAACCUGUCAGUGUGCAGCAUCACUCACAUCCCUAAAGAUGGCAAGAAAAAGAAGCACGAACUAAAGAUUGUCCACCAAGGUGCAGACGCCCUGGUGCUGGCUGUGCAGAGCAAAGAGCAGGCCGAGGAGUGGCUUAAGGUGAUGAGAGAGGUGUGUAUUAAUGGGAGCAUAGAUUUGGAUGGAGUUGGAUCUGGAUCUCCAGUGCAUAAACCUGAACUGGAAAAGAAGGCAUCAUGUGACAGGCCAAGCUCAGAUGGGGAAGCAACCCAUGAGAACGGACACAGCGACUGCAAGGACCAAGGAAAAGGAAAGAAAAAUACCAAGUCGGAGCAGAAGACUGGUACUGUGGGGAAGGGAGCAAGUAAGAAAAUCACUAAGAUCAUUGGACUUGGAAAGAAGAAGCCCUCCACGGAUGAACAGACAUCAUCAGCUGAAGAAGACGUACCUACAUGUGGCUACCUGAAUGUUCUCUCUAAUAACCGCUGGAGGGAGCGCUGGUGCCGCCUUAAGGACAACCAGCUGCUCCUUCACAAGGACCGGGAUGACCUGAAGAGCCACAUAGCCUCCCUGCCCCUCCGAGGCUGUGAGGUCAGCCCCGGCCUCGAUCACAAACACCCCUUUGCCUUCCGCCUCCUUCGUAACAGCCAAGAAGUGGCCGUAUUGGAGGCCUCCUCCUCUGAGGAGAUGGGUCGCUGGUUGGGGGUUUUGCUAGCUGAGACUGGAUCCACCACAGACCCAGCCACCUUGCACUAUGACUACAUUGAUGUUGAGACCACUGCUAACGUCAUCCAGCUUGCCAAACAGUCCUUCUGUUUCACCAGUAAGCGUGCCGUGUCUCCUAACCCAUAUCUGGACAACCCAGUCAGUGGCUAUGCCUGCCCCACUGGUAUGGCACUACACUAUGAUGACGUGCCCAUAAAUGGAAUGGACCCAGAGAUGCAGUACUCCACUCCCAGCACAGGGGGGCGCCAGCGGAAAGAGGAAUUGCACUAUGAAAACACUGAGCUCUAUGAGAACAUGCCCUCACCCAAGCUAGUCACCAGCUGUCCUCCCAAGCCUUCUUCUUCUACUGCUGCAUCUUCUUCUGCUUGUCACUACAAAACCCCUGUUUCUAAAAUCUCCUCUAAGUUCCUCUCUGCUGAUUCUAAAACUAAAGACUCCGCUCAGCUAAAGGGAAAGAAGGGAGCAACAACCAAUGGGGUAGCAUCAAAACAGAAGGCAGAGCCAAAGAACCAGCCAAAGAAGAAUGGAGUCAUUGGCACAAAUGGGACUGCGUCUCUGAAGCGCAACAACUCCAAUGGGGACCAGUGUAAGUAUGGGAAGAACCGUGUGGAGGCUGAUGCCAAGCGACUGCAAGCAAAGGAGGAAGAGCUGAUGAAGAAGAAGCAGGAAAUCAGAAACCACCUGACCCAGCUGAAGAAGGAGAGGAGAGACCUUCGUGCUGCUGUGGAGGCAGCGGCUGGCAAACGCUCGCAUAUUUCACUAUCAGAGCGCCUGAAGAAGUUGGAAGAAGAGUGCAAACUGAAGGAGGAGGAGCGGGUGAACCUGGAGCUGGAGCUAACUGAGGUGAAAGAGAGCCUGAAGAAAGCUCUUAGCGGAGGUGUCACCCUGGGCCUCACCAUCGAGCCGAAAGCUGGCUCCUCUGGCCUCCAGUCACCAGCAAUGCUGCGACGGACACACGAGUCUUCUCCAUUCUCCAGCUGUGACACCAGUGACACCGAGUCCUGCUCGCUGCCGGUCAACAGCGCCUCACUGCUCUACCGGCAGCAGGGCAGCCAGAAGCCCUCAGCAGUCCGGGGACAUGUCCUCAGGAAGGCUAAGGAAUGGGAACAGAAGACCGGCACAUAAACCCAUCACAUACACCCUUGCAUCAGUCUUCCUCCAAUAUCUUUUUUGAAAUUGUGUAUAUAUUUAUUUAAAAAAAACAAACAAAACCUGUUCAUACCGUCAGAAGGUGUGCUGAGGAGGAUACAUGCAUAGCAUUCACAUGUACUAAAACACAUGCCUAGUUUGAGUAUACUGUAAGUACCACAACAUAAACUUUUAUACUAUUGAGCAUGUUCAGUGUACUUGGUUGUGCAACUUGUGUUUUCCGCUUUGACAUCUUUUCAAGCAAACACCUGUCUUUAUUUUUCCUCUCAAAAUGUUUUCCAGCCAUUUGAAGUUAAAAAGGUCCAAGGUCAAAACCAAGUAUUUAUUUGUAAAUGUUAAAGGAAAUACUAGCUUCCCUGUGUUUAUUUAUGUUGACGUAUUUAAAAGUAUUUUCGUAGAGUCUGCGGCUCUGCUCACACUCCAUUUUCCUACAACAUAAUUGGUCAUCAGUCAUGAUGCCUCUGUCGUGGUAACAAUAAUUGUAACACACACCAGCCUGGCAACAAUGUAGCUCCUCUCUCAUUGAUGUUUGAAGAAGUACAAAUACAAUUCUCCCAACUGUCAGAAACACCAACUCAUGGCUAGCAGAAGAUUUUGUUAAUUUUGUUAAGUGUUUGAAAAGCUAAAGACCUUUUCGCACACAGAUCAUGAUGAAUCACACUUGAAGCGUGUUUUAAUAUGAAUGUCUGUGACUUUAUUGCUAUGGGUAAUCCGAUGGUAGGUUUGUGUUGGUUUGGUAAGUCCCUUGUAUAUUCUGUUUGUUUCAGCUUUUCUUUUUGCAUUAAAACAACCAUGACUGAAUACAGACAUGUGUGGUCUGGACAACUUCCAAAAGGAUAAUCAUUUGCUUAUAUGAAAAUCCAGUUACCUGGAUUCUGUGGUGCUAUUCACACAAAUGUCUUUUUCUGCCAAUUUAGAGAAGUUUAUGAACAGAAAGCUGACCAGUUAACUGAAAGUAGAUUAGAUGCUGAGUCAAAUAUAAAUAUAACCUGUUAAAUUAACAUAUUCGAUUUCACAUAUAAGAUUUUUUUUUUUAAAUAUGUGGUGAAAUAUGUGAACAUUGACAGGAUGCCUUACAGUUAGAUUAGAUAGUAACAUGGUUGGCUAUAACAAAGUGAAAUUCGUGCACAUGGCAUGGGAAGCUCGCUCAUUCUGUGAAGGCACCAUUAAUGAUGUAAACAAGUUUAGAAACAACAUGCAGUCAGGUGACAUUUUUUAAGAGUACCUGCCUGCAGUCCAGACUCUCACUCACUGGUGAAAGUUAAAAUUGAAAAUAUGACAAAUCAGACCAGUUUAUCAAGAAAGGCCAAACUGGUGACAGACACAAAUAAAAUACAUAUUAUACAGCCUAUAUGUUUAUUAAAAUGUUUCUAAUUAAGGCCUCACUAAGAGCAUCAUCAUCCAUGCUUUGUAAUAGUUGUAUUGUUAAUGGAGAACUUGCGCUUCUUUCUGUGUGUGUGUGCUUGUGUUGCUCAGAGAUGUCUUCAUGGCACAUUGCAAAUCCUUCAACAUUACACUGACUAAAAGGGGGGCACUUGUAAACUCACAUUGCUGUGUGUUCUGCUCAAUCAAAGACUGUGAGUUUGAUUUCCACACUGUUAAACACACAUACAUUCAUCAGUGUCACACUGAUAAUGGUGUUUCUUUUGUGUUGUUGUUGUUUUUGGACGAUGUUUCACUGCCUAAGCUUUGCUACUACGGUAUGUAUAUAAGGCUAAUUUACUUUAUGGGGAGUGUUGACAGAUGUAGUGAAAGCAUGCACUCAGUUUGGAACUCAUUGAACACACAGACACUCACUGGUUCGUGGUGAUGUAAAUAUUUUCUGUCUCCUGCCUGCCAGAAUGAUAUCCCUAAGGUUUUACAAGCAUGUUAGCUUAAAGAUGGGACAAGAGAUGGUGGUCAGCAAGUGUUGACCUGCAACAAAAAAGGAUGUCUGAUGUCAGUAAAUGUGAACCUGCUGUACAUAGCUUGAUAAAUGUAGUACUGUAGAAGGGUGGGAGGGCUUUGAAAUUUUUUUUUUUUGCACCAUAUACAUUUUCUCUUGUUUUAUAUCACAGACAGUCUCCAACUCGGGGACAGGCACACUUGUACAUAAAUGAAUAAACCUCCGAACAAACCGGUCUCGGA